UCGCCAUUCUUACCGGCCUUUGCUCGGCCGUGCGUGCGCUCUUGCAUACCGUACUGAUUUUAACCUAAAAAUUAUCAAUCUGUACUCGAAUUAAUCUCAGGGUGCUUCGCUCAAGAAUCGCAUUUAUCAAUCAAAAUGGAUGCAGCAUUAAACGGAUUGUCUGGAGUGCAAAAGGACGAGUUAAUGGAUCAAGUCAAGCAGCAAAUUGCUGUAGCGAACGCGCAAGAACUCCUUCAAAAAAUGACUGAAAAGUGCUUCAAAAAAUGCAUAAACAAGCCAGGUACCUCUUUAGAUAAUUCUGAACAGAAAUGUGUUGCCAUGUGUAUGGAUAGAUAUAUGGACUCAUGGAAUCUAGUCUCUAGAUCUUACAGCCAAAGAUUACAAAGGGAAAGAAAUCAUAUGUAAUUCUUCUCGGCAUGAGGAACCUAUGUAAAGUGUAGUUUAAAAUGACUGUUAACAAUGAUGUACAUUGCAAUGUAAAUGAAAGUGGAAAACAAGGCAUGGCAUUUGAAAUUUGAUUGUUUACACUUACAUGAUGAAAGUUAAUAUCAGAUUGGCAUUUUUAUUAAGCUGCCAUUAUUGUCAUGUUAUUCAUGUAUAUUUUCCUGUUUGUUACACAAAUAUAAACAUUUCUAAUGUUUAA